AUGGGGUUUUCCUUCUUACGUGGGGAGUUGGGAUCUUUCAUCAAUCUGUCUGGGGGAUCCGCGUCUCCUGUCGACCCUUCCUUCACCUUCCUCAAGAAGCUGCCUGGCAUUCACAACAUCUGGCUCAGGGCGUCCUGCAAUGGGCUCCUCCUCUUUAGGCACAGCACCUGGUUUCGUGAGCUCGGCUAUAUUGUGUUCAACCCCGCCACAGAGCAGUGGGCGGCCGUGCCCAGCGAGCAUACUCUGGCUGACAGGCCCAUUCGCUUGAACCACACCUGUUUCGUGUUCAAUCCGGCUGUCUCCCCCUACUUCCAUUUGGUCAUCAUCAGCGCGCAGGAGGGGAGCCUGGCAACAGUGCAAUCCUACUCCUCAGAAACAGGGGUGUGGAGGCACACCCAGAUUGACUGGGCUCAGGAAGUAUGGAGGAUAAGACAAUGGAAUGCGCCGCCGCGUCCUCAGAUCAGGGGUGCGGUCCCAUGUGCCGCCAUUUUCAAUGGCAUGCUGUAUUUGAUCUUGACUGAUAAGCAGAUAUUUGAGGUGGAUGUGGAAGGGAAGACAAAAAGGAUCAUCCGAGCGCCGUCUUCUGUGGGUGGGCGGGUUCAUGGCUGCUGUCCGCUUUUCAUUGGUCAAUCCCAAGGGCACCUAUAUUGCAUCAACGAAGAACAUUGA